AUGACUAGAGGAGUCGUCUCCUUGAUACUGAGCGCCACUCGGCAGCGCAACGCGGAUCCCGAGCACAAGGCCAGUACCGCCGGGAUCGUGCUGGUCGGCCAGGACCGCACACAGGUGGCACACUACGAGGCGCUGGAGGAGCGCAAGAACCGCUUCAUGGCCACCGUGUCGCACGAGCUUCGCAGUCCGCUCCACGGCAUCUGCGGCCUCUCGGCGGCCCUCGAGAAGGACGAGGCCAGCGAGGGCCGCCGCAAGCAGCUGGGGAUGGUGCACUCCUGCGCCACUCGCCUCCUGGACCUCGUGGCGAACAUCAUGGACAUGACCGCUCAGCGGAGCAAGAAUAAGGACAAGAAGCCGCUCGUCAAGGAUCCGGUCCACCUGUCCGCCAUCCUCGAGGAGGUGAUCGAGCUCGUCUCGAACGCCACAGACAAGGCAAUGCGACCUCUGUUAAGCCGCGAGUGCUCCCUCGUCAACACGAUCGUCGAUGGGACGCUCCCUCUUGUCGAGGGGGACGCGUACAAGCUCACGCAGGUGUUCUUCAACCUCCUCACGAACUCGUGCAAGUUUUGCCGAAGCGGGCGCAUCGAGGUGUCGGCACAGCGCGACAGCGCCGAUGGCCUCGUCAGCAUCAGUGUCAGCGACACCGGCAUCGGCAUCGCGCCCGAGGCCCUGAAGCGCAUCUUCGAGCCCUUCGAGCAGGAGGACAGCUCGACGGCCAGGAACUUCGAGGGCAUCGGCAUCGGGCUGGCGGUCUCCAAAGGCGUCGUGGAGCAGCACGGGGGCAGCAUCGUCGUCAAGAGCACGCAGGGCCGCGGUUCCGUCUUCACCGUGCGCCUGCCCGUCCUGCACUCGCCGCAGGUCCCUGAGAGAGCUGUCAGCGUGCCGCCAGGUCCUGCCCUUGUGCAGCGGCGGGGGGGCCGUCACCCCAGCCUGCGGCUCGACGGCAGCACCAGCGUGCCUCUUCGCGCUCUGCGGCGGCAGAGGUCGCCGUCCUGCGACAGCCUGCCGCGGAGGCCGUCGCCGUCGCCGCAGCGGCCACGCUGUGCUCCAGCGGGUCGCCCUGUCGUGCUCUCCGUCGACGACGACGCAGUGAACCAGGAGGUCAUCAGAUCCGCGCUUGCAGACUACGAGGUUCACGUCGCGAUGGACGGUUCGGAGGCGCUCCGGUAUUUCGAUGAGCACUCGAGGCUUCCAGAUGUGGUGCUGCUCGAUGUGAUGAUGCCCGGGAUGUCAGGCUACGAGGUGUGCACGACCAUCCGCAAGCAGCUGCAAUUGCCCGCGUCCGCUUUGCCAAUCAUCAUGCUCAGCGCCAAUGAGCCAGUGCCGGACUCUAUCAUCCAGGGCCUGGGGAGCGGUUGUAAUGACUACGUCGCAAAGCCAUUCGAUUCGGCUGUGCUCAUUGCGCGUGUACAAACCGCGAUUCAGGUGAAGCGGUUGCACGAGAUAGAGGUAGAGCACGCUCAGCACACGAAGCUCUUGCACGAGAUCAUGCCGCCCCACAUCGUACAGCGCCUGGUGAGCGGGGAGAAUUGCAUCGCGGAGUCGCAGAAGUGCGUGACGAUCCUCUUCUCCGACAUCGUCGGCUGGACGAACAUUGCGGAGUCGAUUCCCACGUGCGCCGUGAUCACUCUCCUCAACGAGCUGUUCUCCGCGUUCGACGCAUUACUCGACAAGCAUGGUGUCUACAAGGUUGAGACCAUCGGUGACGCGUACAUGGUUGCAGCUGGUCAUGACGGCGGCGCCGACCAUGCAAGGAGAAUCAUACUCAUGGGCCUGGACAUGCUCGACGCAGUCAAAGCCGUGCGACCUCCACCACAGAUGCGCCUCCAGAUCCGCGUCGGUGUCCAUUCCGGGCCCGCUUUCACGGGCGUGGUGGGACAGAAGGUGCCACGCUACUGCUUCUUCGGGGACACUGUGAACGUGUCAAGUCGCAUGGAAUCAAAUGGCGUACCUGGCUGCAUUCACAUCCUGCUGACGCCCGCGAUUACGUGGGCGAUGCGGACCUCGGUGGCGCGAGCUUCGUGA